AUGUCUUCAUCGACGUCUAAGGACCCUAUACCCCCUCGUCGGCCCGCCGCCACCUCUGGAACCGCCAGCUCGGCUGCACGUCGCCCAGCGGUCGGGUCAACAACAACGGCCACAAGCAGAGCUUCAACAACCGCGUCGAAACCCCUCGGCAGCUCUACAAUCAGGUCAGGUACUACAGGAUCAAGUUUAAAUAAGCCUCCAACGCGUCCUGCUCCCGGUACAACAGCAAGAAGGACUGGCCUGACCUCGAAAUCUGCCACGUCAGAUGCUGAGCCAGAUCUUUCUUCCAUCACUUCAGGGGACGAGAAAAGGAAGACACCAGCGACCACAGCCGCUCGGAGGACUACUCUCACACCUGCCGCCUCAACCACAAGGGCAUCGCCAGGCAAGACCACAAGCACAUUGGGAAGAUCCACCGUCUCUUCAACAGCAUCCUCAUCAACCGCGAAACGGCCCCUGACUACGCGCCCAUCUGCCGAACCAUCGACAGCUCGAGCUUCCACACGCACUUCCCUCGCAGGGUCUACAAGACUGUCCACCGCGACUGCGCGCCCGAGCGCUACGACAAGAUCUACACCAGCAGCUGCCACCAAGACUCCUCUGUCACACGCAAAGAAGCCUUCGGUUUCUGCACCCACUCCGGCUGCUGCCCCUGAGCCUGCCGCUACCAUCCCCGAAGAGGACACAAGUAGUAUCGACGUUCCACCCAAGACACCCCUGAAAGACAAGGCAGCUUCCGAUGCAGAAGUCGAGAUCCGCAAAGCCGGCACAUCACCUGUCAAGGCCGCAUUAGCGAAGCUCAAUGGAACGGGAGAUGUCCCACGACCGGAUACCGCCCCCAGCGGGCCUGUCACUGAUGGGGACUGGGAUACUAGGCGGCGCAGCGCACAGAUCAUGCAGGACUUCUUCAAGGAGACAAACCUUCGUGAGAAGCUGCAAGAGCAAUGCGACGAUCUGAACCAGGAAGUUGACAAGUUGCAGGCAGAACGUACCAAGUUGAAGAAGCAAUUGGCGGAUGCGGAAGCUGCCAUAGCUGACAAGGAAGAGAUCAUCGCGAAUGCAACCAAAUCGACCGAAUCUACCGAUUCUCAGCACACGACGCUAGUCGAUGAGAUGGAGAAGAAGUUUGCUUCCGAGACGAAGGAACUCGUGCAGCAGAAAGCGAAGCUGGAAGAAGAAACCGCCGCAGCACAAGCCAAGGAAGCAGAAGAGGCACAACGGGCACACGAGCUUCAGCAGAUUUUGAUCCAGUUGAAUACAGAUCUGGAAGAGCAGGGUAAACAAUGGGAUGCCGAGAAGAAGAAGCUAAAGGAACAAGAGGCCCAGAUAGCUACUCUUAAUGAGGAAAUUGCCGCUUUGAAGCACGAAAAGACAGAAUCUUCGGGCUUCAUCGACGCCUUGCAGGCGAAGUAUGCAGACGAGUUGCACAUGCUGGACAUGAAGAACGACGCCCUAUCUAAGAUGAUCGAGACCUUGGAGACGGAUGCUGCCUCCUCCAGCCAGCAGAAUUCGGAUGCCUUGACCGAGGCGAAACGUGAGCUGGAGGCGAAGUCUGCCGAGUCGUCCAAACUUGUCGAUGAACUCCAGGCCAAGAUUGAGUCUUUGCAACAGCAACAUUCCGAUGACCUGCGCCUUAAGGACGAGACCAUUCAAACGAAGGAGCAAGCGGAGCAAGAACUCAAGAGCCAGGUGGAGGAAUUCAAGGAACGCAUUGUGAAGGCAGCUGCCGAUUUGGACAGCGAGCGUGCCAAGCAUACUGAAACGCUACAGGAGAAGCUUGCCGAAAUCCAACAAAGCAAAGAUGUCGACUUGCAGGCCAAGGAAGCUGAAGUGGCCGAGCACUUCAAUACCAUCAGUGGUCUUCAAGAGCAGAUCAGGACGUUCGAGCAGGGGCAGACCGAUGGCGCAAAGCUCGAAUCCCUGACUGAAAGUCACAGCCAGGCUCUGCAAGCGUUGACUGAGAAGUACGAGACCGAACUAACGUCGGUUCGAGCCAACUUCGAAGGUGGCGCAAAGCAGGAUAUAGAAAAGUUACAAAAGGAAUACGAAACCCUUCUAGAGGAGAAGACUGCAGGCAUUGAGUCUCACGCUCGAGCUUUGGCUGAUAAGUCGAAGGCAUUGGAAGAAGUCACCGAGGAACUCGCCGCACUUAAGGAAAGUUCCGGUAGUGUGUCUUCUGAGCUGACCGUUACACUUGACAAGCUGGCUCGCCUCGAGCAAGACAAGCUCGUUGCCGACAAGGAGCAUGCAGAAAUUCUUAUCGAGAAGACAGCCGCGCUUGAGGAAAUCACCCAAGAAUUGAGUGCCAUCAAGGACAGCUCUAAUACAACGUCGUCAAGCUUGACAGAUACACUGGGUCGCCUCAAGCAGGUGGAAGAGGAGCUGCUGAGCACCAAGGAAGAACACACUCAAACCUUGAACGAAAAGGUCAGAGCUCUGGAGGAUCUUAAUCUUGAGUUCAAGUCCUUCCAGGAGAACUCAGGCUCCGCGUCUUCGGAUUUGAAGGACGCCCUCGCAAAGCUCAAACAAGUUGAGGAGGAUAAGGCCGCUGCUCAAGAAGCCCACUCGCUGUCGCAGAGCGUUCUCGUUGAGCUGCAGGAACGACAUGAUAACCUCGUGAAGGAGAAGAGUGCAGCAACCGAAGCUCACGAGACGUCUACAAAGCUCAUUACCGAUCUGCAAGCCCGCCAUGACUCCCUCCUCGAAGAGAAGACGGCUGCGGAGGAUGCACACGCGCAAGCUCUUGAAGCUCUCAAGAAAGAUAUGGGUUCGGCCUCGCGACAGCUUGUAGAGGAUCUGCAACAGAAGUACGACGCCUUACGCGAAGAGAAGGCCAAGAGUGAAGAUGCCAUCAGCCAGGAGCUCGAAAUCCUGAGAGACCAGCGUGAUAGCUUGAUCGGCCAACUCGCAGAUCUGGAGAAGAUUCAUGGAGACGUCAGUGCGGAAAAGCUCGCCGCUGCCGAAGCCCAUGCCGAAGCUCAGAAGACUCUGCAAGCCGAGGUUGAGCAGAAGUAUGCUAUGUUGCUUGAAACCAUCCAGAAUGACAGCAAUGUGCUGGAGCGAGAGAUGAAGGCAGCUGUAAGCGAAAAGAAGGCUGCGCUUGAAGAGUUGGCAGCACUACAUAAUGACCUCAAGUCUAGCAAACAAUCAGGUGAGGCUGGUCUGGUAGAGCUGACGGCUAAGUAUGAGCAACUUGUAGCGGAAAAGGCGACUGCGGAACGAGAACAUGAAGCCGCCAUUGCGCUUUUGAAGGACGACCUUCAAGAGCAGCAUGAAAAGGCAUUGUCAGCUCUCCAAGCUGAACAUAACAUUAUCCAAGAAAAGCUCUCCAGAGCUGACCAGGAGCAUAGCGACGCUAUUGCUCUGCUCAGAGAGGAGUUCAAGGAAGGACAAUCGAGCGACUUGCUUGUGCUUCAAAAGAGCCUGGGUGACUUGGAGAAACAGCACGCCGAACUUGCCGAGCAGAAGCUGGCUGUCGAGAGGGCCCAUGAGGAGGCCAUUACAGAACUCAUGGAAGGCAUGGAGGCCAGCCAGACCGAUGCCGUCCAGCAACUGCAGAAGAAGUUCGAUGCUCUCGUGAAGCAGCUUGAGGAGGAAAAGGCAAGCCACGGUUCUGAACUAGAGGCUGUCAAGGCAAGCGGUCUCGACUUCCAAAGUCGUUUCGAGGAACUCUCCUCUCAGGCUUCUCGCGACGUCGAGAUGCACGCUCGUGACGUGCAGCGCCUGCAAGAAGAGAACCGUCAGCUUGGAGCUAAGCAUACUGCUGCUGUUGCUGCUGCUGAUGAUGCCGAAGCUAGGAUCGAAAUCAUGAAGACAGAUGUGGUGAAGAAGCACAUUGCGGCCAUCACUCCCCUUGAGAAGGAGAACAGGGCCUUGAAGGACAAGGUUGACCGACUAGAGAACAUCCUCAAGGCUGGCGAUCGAGUUGCACGCGCUGCUGCCACCAUGGGUGAAAAGCGCGAAAUCGGCGUGAUUGCCGAAGACGAGGAAGAGGAAGAAGAUGAGACAUCGACUUCUGGCGCUCAAUCCUCGUCUCGAUCUCCCAUCUCAAAUGCCCCGCGCGAGGUCCUUGGUACUCAGUUGGCGGCUAUGCAAGAAACACUUUCGCAGCUGACCGAUCUCAAUAAUGACUAUCUCAGCGAGAGCUCUCGUACCGCCCAACAACUGAGCAACGAGGGAUGGAUUUCGGUGGACCAUAAAUCAGCAGAUGCAGACAUCUGA